AUGGAGAGGGAAAGAGAGGAGGGUAGGAUGGAAAGCUUCGACCAAGAGGAGGAAGACAGCAGGACGCAGGAUGGAAGAGUUCAAUCUGCAGAGGACCAUGGAGCAACUGUACCAUUCGAUCAAGAGUGUGGCUUACAGGAUCAGCCAGAAGCAGAGCUGGAUAGGGCGACCCCCGAGCCUCACUCUGACCACAGGGGCACAGAUGAAUAUCACACUGAAGUGGUGGAAAAUGUUACUGAGGUGCCGUUACCUCACUUCUCAGAUCUAAAUGCAUCGGAAGACACAGAGGACCAUGAUCCACUGCAAGAAGAAGAGGAGUUUAUUGUUCUGGACCCUGAGCAUCCCCUGGUUAGAAGGCAGCAAGCCGCCCUCAGCAGGCAGCUCAGCAAUGAGUUGGAGAGGAUCAACGAGCGUCUAAAGCAAAAGCAAUCAAUAGAGAAGACGGAUGACAAGCACAAACUGGAGGUAGCUGUCGAGUUAUUUAGGGUUCAGGAGCAGCUUGCGAGACUCCAGAGCAGGCUGGAGGAGCGUCAUCAAAACAAGGCACAGGCUGAAGCCAAACAUCGGCAGAUCCAGGAUCAACUGGGGGUGGUGAAGAGCCAGUAUUCUAGUACCACCAACCAGAACAAGAAAGCCAAAUCUAACAUGUCCCAGCUACAGUCGGAGAUAGACAACCUGAUGCAGCAUCUCGUCUUCGCACAAGGAGUCAGUGAGGAUCUGCGCUCUCAUGUGAAAGCUUUGAAGAAUGCCAAACACAAAGCGGGAGCUGAGAAGACCCAGGCUGAAGAACAGAAAUUAAAGCAGGAUAUUUAUGUUGAGCGUCUAAUGAAGGAUCUGGAGAGGCUGACGCAGCAGGUAGCCAUGUAUGAGACCCAGGCGAGUGCCCAAGCAGAAGAGACACAGGCAGCCAAAGAAGCUCUAGCUGAGGCGGAGAUGGAAGUGGAGUCUCUGGCAAUGGCUCGUAGGCAGCUGAUGCAGCAGUGGAGCAGCAGCUUGAUGGGGAUGAGGAGACGAGAUGAGGCCUUCAGCGCAAUGCAGGACGCCACGCGUGCUGUUGCGCACCAGGGGAUUUUGCUGGACAGAGAGAUUGAAGGAUACAAGAAAUCUGUCGCUGAGGAGCAGGAGCAAAAUGAGACACUAACUAUGCAGCUCAACUGGUCCCAGAUGGAUGGUAACACCUCAAAGAAGCAGAUCAGCCAGAAGCAGGCCCAGCAAGAGGCUUUGCAUGCUCACUACACAACCUGCCUUCGCACUCUAAGGGAGACUGAGCGCACUCUCAGCAGGCUGACUAAGGAAACGGGCAUCCACCACGUUGAAGUGAACGAUCAGAGGAAGCACUUGGAGAAAGAGAGUGCUGUGCGCCUAGAGUUGGAGGACAAGAUUAUGACCAAUAUGCAGCAGAAGCUCACCCACAACAAGGCGGCCAAAUACUCCGAAAGGCUCACCAGCAAGAUAGCCUUGCUUAAGAAGGAAAAGGUCUCUCAGUUGUGGCAGCUGGAGAACAAUAUAGCAGUGGUGGAACUGGAGAGGAGCAAGGUCAUUCAACAUCUGGAAAGCCUGGCUGUCAUCCAGGAAGCCCUCGAUGAAGAAAUCUCAAAGAAAAACAAGAUAACAACAACCAUCCAGGCCAACAUUUCUUCUUUUGUCACACUAAUUGCUCAGAAGCAAUCCAGCAUAGCAAACUAUGACAAAAAAAUCGGUCAAAUCGUCGCCAGCACUGGGCGUGAUGACCUUAGUCCGAUGCAAAUCAAGAUAGAGGCAUUGAUGUCACAGUCUGCAGAAGUGACUGCAACUAUGGAGAGUGUCAAAAAGCUCUGGAUGAAACGUCAGGAGAUACUGGAAGAGCAGAGCCAGGAAAUAGAAGCCAACAGCAAGGACAUGUUCAAACUGCAGAAAGAGUACACAGGCAUGCAGAAGGAAAGGAUAUGCCUGGAGAGUCAGGUGGAAGUAGAGCAUCGUGACAAGAUGGAGCUGGAGAAGAAUGCAAAGACGCUGAGAGGCGACCUGCUGAAGCUCAACACUCUGAUCAGCAAGAACGGACAGCUCAGUGUUGCACUAGAGCAGGACAAUGAACUGAUGGAGACAGACUUCCUGCACAGACUCAAGGAGGCUGAGCGGGAUUCUAUCAAGAUGCAGAUGAAACACGAGAAGACCCAGGAGGAAAAAGAGAGACUCCUUAACAGUCUGCUAGAGGCCCAGCAGCAGAUUAUGCUGUGGGAGAAGAAGAUCCAGCUUGUAAAAGAGACACGUUCUGCCGUGGACAUAGAUUUGGGUCAGGGAGACUUCCAGAUGAUGAAGACUGAGAUACACCGUAUGGAGGUACGACUCAACCAGCUGAUGAAGCAGCAGGAGCGACUGCUCAGAGAAAGUGAAGCGACAGUGGCAAGGAGGGAGACCAUUGUGCUGCGCAGGGAGGCCAUGGUCCACACUUCCAUCAAACAGAAUACAAAAGGCGAACUAAACCGAGCGAUACAGUGCCUGCAGCGCAAGAUCCAGGACACACACAAGCAUGUAGUCGAGUGUGAGCAGGUGAUCAGGGACCUACAGGAGAGUCGGGUGAUUCUGAGUGACAAGCUGGCACAGCAGAAGCAGCAGCUGGUAGAUGUCUGCAGCUUCAGCUACAUUCUGGAGCCUGACUUUGUAAAUCUUCAGGACACCAAAGACAGUAAUCUGGCCCACCUAGUAACUCUUCAAAGCAGGACCAAGAAGCUGCAGGGGUUGAGUGUGGGCGGGUACCAAGCCCUAUCCACCAGUGAAUCCAUCGACGUUGCUACGCAAAGCAAGAUGGAGCGCAUGCACACUACCAGCGCCAUCUUGCACCGUGUGUGUCAGGAAUUCCCUCAGCACCAGGGGGCGCUGCACAGGCUGUUACUGGCACUGGCAGCACGCACACAAGUCCUGGAGCAGGAGAUGUCCUGAGAGUGUGGAGAGGAUGUAGACAUGACUGUGAGUACAGCAGAAGAAGUACAGAGAAUGGAAGAGGAGGACAUUGUAGGUCAAGAUAAGAGAAACACAUGACCUUCAAAAUAUUAAGAUCUCGUCUAUUUCAUUGUUUGUGUUUUUUUGUACUUUUGCUGUUAAACUGAUUGUGAAACAAAGGAAUAAAAUGAAGAACUAUUUGGCAUGAAUGCAAUACACUAAACUGACUAUAAUGUGUCACUUUUCAAUCCGGUUGCCAGUAUAGAAACUGAUUUGUGGUUACAUAAGUGAGGGGGAUGAGUAUAAAGUGGAAAAAGCACACUAAUUUUUUGUGAUUGUAAUUUUUAAUUACACUGUGGGGAAUUAGCAUUUUGAUGGUCAAUAGACACCCUGCCUUGAAUGGUAAAUGGACUUGAGCUUAUAUAGCGCUAUUAUAUAGUCUUCUGACUACUCAAAGCC